UGAGAGUUUUGUUUGAUAUUUUCCCCAGAAUAUUACAAAUUUUCUGGGUCAGUGUAAAAAUUAAUUAAAGAAAAAUCCACCCAAACAUACCCCACACUGCGGGGGUUUUGUGGUGCAAAAAUGGAGCUGCGUUUUGUGAUUUUCCUCACUGCUGUGCUGGCAUUUGCCAGUGGAAAGCGCACAAUCCCGAUCGGCGCUAUCUUCAGCACGAAUGAUUAUGAGUCAAUAAUCGCCUUCCAUUCGUCCAUCAAUCGCGUAAAUAUGCACGAGAGGCGAUUUGAGCUUAAACCAAUACUAAAGAACGUCACGGAAUGGGAUAGUUUUGUCACGGAGAAGAUAGUUUGCGAAUUAAUUGGCGAAGGAGUUGCUGCAAUCUUUGGCCCCAGCUCCAUUCAGGCAGCAGGAAUUGCCAGUGCGAUUUGUCACACAAUGGAGGUGCCCCACAUUAUAACUCAUUGGUCUCCGGAACCCCUUGGAGGAUUCCGCACAGUUGGCGCCAUGACCCUCAACGUCUACCCGGACAGCAAUGUCCUUUCGCGAGCCCUAGCUGACCUCCUUGCUGACUACAGCUGGAAAAGUUUCACAAUUAUCUAUGAAAAGGAUGAAGGGUUAAUGCGUUUGAAGGAUGUCCUUCAGAUUCAUGGGCCGCAGGAUAGUCCUAUUACAGUACGCCAACUGGGCGAUGAUCCCGACUACAGGCCUCUCUUGAAGGAGAUUCAAACUUCCGGUGAAACCAACAUUGUCCUUGACUGUGAACCUGACAAAAUUCUCGAUAUUCUGCGUCAGGCACAAGAAGUCAAACUCAUGGAAGAUUAUCAAAGCUACGUAAUAACUUCCCUCAACACCCACACAAUUGAUUUUGAAGAACUCAAAUUUGUUCGUUCCAACAUUACAAGUUUGCGCUUAAUUGAUCCCAAGAGCUUUGAGCUGAGGAAUGCAGUUCAUGACUGGGAAGAGGGUGAGAAGAGAUUCAACAGGGUCUUCAGGAUGUCUCCAGAGCACGUUAAGACAGAGUCAGCCGUGGUCAACGAUGCUGUGCGCAUUUUCGCAGCAGCUCUUCAGGAGUUGGAUAAUUCAGAGGAGAUUUUCGCAAUGCCAAUGAGCUGCAAGCACCCCUCACAGUGGCCCCAUGGUCUCCGUAUUGCCAACUACAUGAAGCUGAAAACCGAACACGGCAUCACCGGGCCCAUCGUAUUUGAUGAUUUAGGACGACGGACACACUUUGAAUUGGAAAUCAUUGAAUCAUCCAAGGAUGGCUUUAAGAAAAUUGCUACAUGGGAUCCAACACAUGGUAUUAACUACACAAGGAGCCAGGGUGAAGUCUAUUCGCAGAUUGUUGAGUCGCUGCAGAAUAAAACCUUCAUUGUGGCAUCACGUCUCGGUCCGCCAUUCCUUUCGUUUCGCCCCGCCAAAGAGGGAGAAUAUUUCGAGGGAAACGCCCGCUUCAUGGGGUAUUCGUUGGAUCUUCUCGAUGGCAUUGCAAAGAUUCUCGGCUUCACAUAUCGAAUUGAAUUAGUUCCGGAUAACAGGUAUGGAUCCUUCAAUAAAGUCACAAAGAAAUGGGAUGGAUUGGUGAAGCAGCUCCUUGAAAGGAAAGCUGACUUGGCAAUUUGUGACUUGACAAUCACCUACGAGAGGCGAACCGCUGUGGACUUUACGAUGCCCUUCAUGACCCUUGGCGUCAGUAUUUUGUAUGCCAAGCCAAUAAAGCAGCCCCCGGAUUUAUUCUCAUUCCUCAGUCCAUUGUCAUUGGAUGUGUGGAUCUACAUGGCAUCAGCCUAUCUCGGUGUCUCUAUCCUCCUGUUUGUGCUAGCUAGAAUGGCACCCGACGACUGGGAGAACCCCCAUCCGUGUAACACGGAACCGGAGGAAGUUGAGAAUAUCUGGGACAUGCUGAACUGCACAUGGCUCACUAUGGGUUCUAUAAUGGGUCAAGGUUGUGAUAUUCUACCAAAAGCAAUUUCCACACGACUCGUGGCGGGAAUGUGGUGGUUCUUUGCAUUAAUUAUGCUAUCAUCGUACACGGCAAACCUCGCGGCUUUCCUCACCAUGGAGCGCAUGGAUGCCACCAUUGAGAGUGCCGAAGAUUUGGCCAAGCAGAGUAAGAUAAAAUACGGAGCUGUAAUCGGUGGGAGCACCCUGUCGUUCUUCAAGGAGUCCAAUUUCUCAACAUAUCAGCGAAUGUGGGCUGCCAUGGAGAGUGCUAGACCAUCAGUUUUCACAAAAGACAACGAAGAGGGUAUGGAGCGGGUUAAGAAGGGAAAGCGUCUCUAUGCUUUCCUCAUGGAAUCCACAUCACUUGAAUACAUAACAGAGAGGAAUUGUGAAUUGAUGCAAGUUGGUGGAUUGCUGGAUAGCAAAGGCUACGGCAUAGCCAUGCCAGUCAAUUCACCCUACAGGACGGCAAUUAGUGGUGCUGUGUUAAAAAUGCAAGAAGAGGGAAAGCUCCAUCAGUUGAAGACAAAGUGGUGGAGAGAUGGGCGCUGCAAAUCGGAAACGACAAGUUCAUCUGAUAGUGCCGCUGAACUGGGAAUCGAUAAUGUGGGUGGUGUUUUUGUUGUACUGGGCUUUGGAUGCUUCAUGGCCCUCAUCAUUGGCAUCCUCGAGUUCCUCUGGAAUGUACGACGAGUCGCCGUGGAUGAGAGGAUAACACCGUGGGAGGCCUUCAAAUCUGAACUGAAAUUUGCACUCAACAUUUGGAUCACCACAAAGCCCGUGCGCGGCGGAAGUGGCGGUUCAACAGGUUCAAAGGCGUCCUCAUCGAAAUCCAGAGGAGAAUCCGAAUCACGGAGCACCGCAAUGGCUAAUGCCAUCAAUGCCGGCACAACAUCCAGCACGCAACAUCUCGACAAGAUCAUCAUGCCUUUCGGUCAGAAAUAAUUUUUCAAUAAUCAACGCAUCUUCUUCUUAUUUUUUUUUCUCUAAAUUUGCUUCUGUGUGGUUCUUGUUGAAUGUACUAUGUACUGUACAUAAAAUUCUUUUAGCGGUGGAGGAGCUAAAGGUAGAAGAGAAAUAAACUAAUCCUUAGAGAGAGAGAAGGAAACAAAAGGAAAA